CUAACUACCUACAGAGCCUUCUCACAGAAAGCCUGGAUCUUUCCCUAUCCAGUCUGUCCAGUGAAGGCACCAGCUACCUCAACGUCCUGGUAAACAGCGCAAUGACACUUGAAACAAAGGACACUUCUCUUGCCAGCUUCUUCUGUGCCAUCAAUGAUAUGACUUCGGAGCUAUAUGCAACAGAAUCAAAAAACAGAGAAAUGGAACUGGAAUUGACCAACAUCAGGAAAAAACUAACUGCAGCGCUGAUGCUGGAAAAGCGGCUAGAGGAGGAUCUUAAAAAAACAGAGGAGCUUCUGGAAUUAGAAAAGGCCAAAGCUGACAGCCGAUCCCAGAACUUGAAGUUCCUUAAAGAUAAAUCUGAGGAUUUAAAAAUCAGGAUCAAGCUGGCUGAGGAGCAGCUUGCUGCCACGGGCUUGGACCAGUCGCUGACACAUGAAUCACUCGUGAGCCUAUCUGAGAAACUGGCUGGACUGCAGGAAGAAAUUGUGCCUUUGAAGAAGAAACUGGAGUCCUACCUAGAUUUAACUCCUAAUCCUUCCCUUGCACAAGUGAAGAUUGAAGAAGUAAAACGAGAACUGAACGCCUUGGAGGAAGAAUUUUCAAAGCAGAUUGACAUGCUGACUCUUGAGAUGCCAGAGCCCAGCAAACUCCACUUCUCUUGA